CAGUGCCCUCCGCUCCCCCUGGGCCAUGGCGGCCGAGAGGCCCAAGAGCUCCCCGAAGUGGGUGAAGUUCCUGUUCGGAGGCCUGGCCGGGAUGGGGGCCACGGUGUUCGUGCAGCCCCUGGACCUGGUCAAGAACCGGAUGCAGCUGAGCGGGGAGGGGGCCAAGGCCCGCGAGUACCGGACGAGCCUGCACGCGCUGGGCUCCAUCCUGCGCCACGAGGGCCUGCGCGGGGUCUACACCGGGCUGUCCGCGGGGCUGCUGCGCCAGGCCACCUACACCACCACGCGCUUGGGGGUCUAUAGUGUGGGGCUGGAGCUGCUGGGGGCCCCCGACGGGACCCCCCCCCCGUUCCUGGCCAAGGCCGCUGUGGGGAUGAGCGCGGGUGCUGCCGGCGCCUUCGUGGGGACCCCGGCCGAGGUGGCGCUCAUCCGGAUGACGGCGGACGGGAGGCUGCCCCCUGCCGAGCGCCGCGGGUACCGCAACGUGUUCGACGCCCUCGUGCGGAUGGUGCGGGAGGAGGGCCCGACGACCCUCUGGAGGGGCUGCAUCCCCACCAUGGCUCGCGCCGUCGUGGUCAACGCGGCCCAAUUGGCCUCGUAUUCCCAAUCCAAGCAGUUCCUGCUGGAUUCAGGCCGCUUCCAGGAUGACAUCCUGUGCCACUUCAGCGCCAGCAUGAUCAGCGGCCUGGUCACCACCGCCGCCUCCAUGCCCGUGGACAUCGUUAAGACCCGCAUCCAGAACAUGCGGACCAUUGAUGGGAAGCCUGAGUACCGCGGGGGGCUGGACGUGCUGCUCAAGGUCAUUCGCUACGAGGGCUUCUUCAGCCUUUGGAAGGGCUUCACCCCCUACUACGCUCGGCUCGGGCCCCACACGGUGCUGACCUUCAUCUUCCUCGAGCAGAUGAACAAGUGGUACCAGCGCCUGGUGCUCAGCGCCUGACCCACGGAAUCUAUGG